AUGUCAGUAGCAAUCAUUGGUGCUGGUCCUUCCGGCCUGGUCACGGCCAAAACCUUGCUGGACCACGGUUUCUCGCCAGUGAUAUUCGACACCCAGCGUCAAGUCGGUGGACUGUGGAAUGUCUGUCCAGACAAUCAGCCGGUCACACUGGACCCUCAGAUGCCAACCAAUCUCAGUCGAUUCACGGUAGCUUUCUCGGAUCUCGAUUGGGAGUCGGUGCUGGAUGAGGUUCCUGUGUUCCCCCGCGCUAGACAAGUGGCUCGCUAUCUGUCUUGCUAUGCGGAGCGAUAUAUCCCAAAGGACAUUUUGAGACUGGGAUGCAAAGUCGUGGCGACAGAGCGCAGAGACAAUGGCGUGAGAUGGAAAGUCCAGUGGCUUCAAGACUAUGGCGCCCCGACUGAAAAGCUCUGUUCGGAGGAUUUCGACUUCCUCGUAAUCGCAUCGGGCUAUUUCGCGGAGAAAUACAUCCCCAGUAUACCGGGGCUGGCGGAAUUUUCCGACCAUGUCAUCCACAGCUCGACUCUUCACCGACGUGAGAGCCCGUCUCAUGCCCGUGGAGAUAAUGAGACGCAAGGCACGACGCUUGUCAUUGGUGGCAGUAUGUCGGGCGUCGAAGCCGCAUCUGCUGUAGCCCUGGGCCAAUCGUCCCUGUCUGCUCAUAUGCGAGAGAUGCCGACCGCCCAGAACAAAGUGCAUCACAUACACUCGAGACCCUUCUGGGCUCUACCGACCUAUCUUCCCCAUGGGCCUGAAGAUAAUCCCUCAUUUCAACCCCUGGACUUGGCCAUGUAUGACCUGAGUCGCCGGCCCCCGGGGCCAGUAGAAUACGCGUUGGGGCCCAUCCCGGAAGAAAAAGUAGCCAAGACGAAUGGGUAUUUCCAAUCAUUGCUGGGAGAUGAUUACGAGAAGAUCGCGCAUAUGGCCACGGGACAAACUAAGAUUAUGCCCCCGUGGGUUGCCAUCGGUAAUGAUUACGCCGAGUUUGUCCGAGCUGGAGCUAUCCAGGCGUCAAUGGGUCGGGUCUUGUCUGUACAUCCCGGCACCAGGCUGGCUUCUGUGCAGUAUGCCGAGCCAAACGGGGAUAUCAAGACGAUAGAAGACGUUGGAACAAUCGUCAUGGCUACAGGGUUCACACCAUUCAAAGCCCUCUCGGUCCUGCCAGAGCCUGUACUUUCGAAACUGGAAUACUGCUCGACCGACCCCUUCUCACCAUUGAUUCUCGACAAGGGCGGCACCGUGCGAUUCGAGAUUCCAGACGUUGGAUUCGUCGGCUUCUACCGAGGCCCAUACUGGGGCAUCAUGGAAAUGCAAGCCCGAUUCCUCGGACACCUCUGGUCCGGGACCGAAGCAGUCUACACAGAAGAGCAAAAGGCAAGUCUUCGACUCAUCAGGGCCGCAGACCCAGACCUAGCACGAGGCCAAUUUCCGAUGGGCGACUAUGUAGGCUUGAUGGAGACCUUCGCCAAGGAAUUGGGUAUCCGUCGCACCGUCCUGGAUGGCGACCAGUCUGGGCCUGUGAUCCCUGCUCGCUACCGGGACACGUCAAUGUGUCAGGGACGAUCGACGGGGAACGAAAGCGAAGCGACUAGAACAUUGGUUGCGUUGGGGGAUGCGCUGCAUGGAGCUGCAGCUAGGACGGGCGCGGCUUCGGCGAUCUUCCGGGCUUUGCAUGGAGUGUGGAAAUCCAUGCAUGCUUCAGGGAUUGAUGAAACGGCUGGCGAGGUGAUUUUUCGUCCUCGCUAUCCGACUAGUCCGGCUUAUGACAGGGAGUACGUGGUUGAAACGGGGUGUGUGACUGGACAGUCGUGGGGGAAGAAGUAUUCUCUCCUGCGCUUGGCGGAAACCCCUUCUCGUACUACUUCGAUUGAGUGGUGGUCUGUGAGCUUGGCGGAUGAGAUUGAAGCGGAUUGUAUAUCCGGACGUUGGGCCUUGACUCCGCUUCGUCGAGAGUCGGAUGGCGGGGCCGAUGCUGGGUAUGUGAUAUCUGCGAGAAGUGUUGGACCCUCUGGAGAAACACUCUUGUACACCUUCCACUUCAGAGGUGUUUCAAUUGCAACCUGGGAGUGUGUAGAAUUGGGUGGUUCCACCGAAGAAUAUUCGGAACUCGAUGGACCGACGUAUAGAUCACGAACUGUCUAUCGAAGGUAG